AUGUCUACCACACAUCUCCAGCAAACUCGAACGCAGUCUUCGUCAAAUGUCGCUGGAACACUCAGAUUGAACCCUUCUCACACAUUACAAAACACCAAUUGGAAGGAAGACCUACACCAGCAAGGAUGGGUGGUGAUCAAGGGAGUCAUUCCUCGGGAGAAAGCCUUAUCUUACGCGGAUGAAGCAUAUCAAUACCUUGAAUCAUUUGGUUUAGGUUUUGAUGCGAAAGAUAGAACGACUUGGAUUCCCGAAAACAUGCCAUUCUUCUUCAAGGGGGGCCUGUUUCAUCGUUAUGGAGCUUCCCACGAGCAGUUCGUUUGGGAUAUCAAGCAAGAACCGGAACUGGUCAAACAAUUUGCAGAAUUAUGGGGUACGGAGGAAUUGGUUUGUUCUUUCGAUGGUUUGAACAUAUCCCUUCCAAUUCACGGUAGAACACCCGAUGAUGACGCAUAUGUACCAUGGCCUCAUGUCGAUCAAUCGCCUCUUGUCACGGAUUUUCAUUGCGUCCAAGGGGCCAUGAAUCUAUUACCAAACGGACCGAAAGACGGAGGUCUCAUGGUAUUGAAAGGAUCGAAAGAGCUAUACUCCCAAGCGUGGAAAGCUUUUGAUAAAGAUAAGCCCGAAGGGGGUUGGAACGAGAGACAUUUACAUGAUUUCACUCCCGAGCAAAUUCAAUGGUUCCUUGAUAACGGUGCUGAAUGGCACAAAAUAUGUGCUGAUCCAGGAGAUCUCUUCCUGUGGGAUAGUCGUACGGUCCAUUAUGGAGCCACUCCGGAAAGCAACAAUCCUCGUAUCGCGACUUAUGUUUGUUAUAAACCUGCUUUUUUGUUAACACCUGAGAUCAAACAACAGCGAAAAGAAGCAUGGGACAAGAAAUAUAUAACGAGCCAUGAUCCUAUAACAUUCACCAUUGAGGAUAGAGCUCCGCCCGCGUCGCACAUCACCAGAGAUCAUUGGAAGAUAUCAACUCUUCAAGAACCAGUACUGACAGUACUUGGUCGGAAGCUUGUCGGGGUAGAAGACUGGUAG